GCGGUCGUGAGCGAUUACUCCCCCUGAGCUUGUGUAGCGACCCAACCCACCAGCUGCGGAGAACAUGCGUCCAGCGUCCUCCCACCGCCCGGCCCGUCGCUCCUGAUCGCUGCUCCCUUGUCUACUUGGUUUAUUGAAAGCGAUUGCAUUAUAGUUUUUGGUGUCUCUCCCGAGCCUGUUGCAGACCCUUCAACCUUUGCUGUGUACUCCACAGCCCCUAAUACUAUGACCGGAGUGUUUGACAGCUUGGCAGCAGAUAUGCAUUCCAACCACAUGCCCUCCAGCAGUUACCACAGUCUGCACAAGUCGCAGGAAUCCCCGACAUUGCCGGUGUCUACUGCCACGGACAGCAGCUACUACACCAACCAACAGCAGCAGCAGCACUGCGGGGCAGUCUCUCCUUAUGGGCAGCUCGGAUCCUAUCAGUUCCAUGGCGCUGCCAUCAAUGGGAUUUCUUAUUCGACCAAGUCGUACGAUCUGUCAUACACUGGCUCGUACAGCUCGUAUGGGCCCUAUGGGACAAGUCCUUCCCCUCCUCACAACGACCAGGAGAAGGAAGACUGCGAGCCCGAGGUCAGGAUGGUCAAUGGGAAGCCGAAGAAAGUGCGCAAGCCCCGCACCAUCUAUUCCAGUUUCCAGCUGGCGGCCCUCCAGCGGCGAUUUCAGAAAACCCAAUACCUGGCACUGCCCGAGAGAGCGGAACUGGCAGCCUCGCUAGGCGUGACCCAGACACAGGUGAAGAUCUGGUUCCAGAACCGCCGCUCUAAAUUCAAGAAGAUGUGGAAGAGCGGGGAGAUCCCGUCGGAUCAGCUCCCUGUAGGCAGCGAAUCUUCCCCCUGUAGCUCCCCUUCUGCAUCUACAGCCACCUGGGACUUCGGGCCGCACCAGCGGUUGCAGGGAGCAACUAAUGGGUCUGCCCUUCAGAGCUCCAAUUCUGCCUCCAGUCCCAGCCCUUUUCUGAGCAACUAUUCCUGGUAUCAAACUUCCAAUUCUGCCCCCCACCUCCAGUCUAACCCGUUACUUCAACAGCAUCAUCUCCACCAUCAUCCCCCCGCUCCAAUAUCCGCAGGGACCAUCUUCUAGAAA